UUUUUUGACAGUUUUUGUUACAGAGUAAAAUAUAUCAUUGCCGGUAGUAUCAUACGUACUUCGGUAGCCCAACAUUUUUCACUGUCACCAUUGCUCAAUGUGUUACUGAGGUUUAUGUUAAAUAUAAAAUAAAGUAAUGGAUGAAUUAGUUGUUGGAACGUACGAAGGAUUUUUAUUAGGUUAUACAGUGCAAUCGCAAAAUGAAGAAACAAAACUUAAACAAACGUUCGCUACUCAAUCACAUACAGCAUCUGUUCGUUGUGUUUCUACUGCUGGGAAAUUUCUGGCCACAGGUGGCACAGAUGACAAAGUGGUUAUUAUAGACUUAAAGACACGUAAAGAACACACAGUCCUAAUGAACCAUGAUGGCACAGUCAACACUUUAGGGUUCACACAUAGUGGCACUCAUCUGUUCACUGGUAGUGAUGAUGGCAAAAUCAUAAUCACUAGAACUGGCAAUUGGCAAAUUGAAAAGAUUUGGAAAAAAGCUCAUGCGGGUCAACCUGUUACUGCUAUUGCUGUUCAUCCUUCAGAUAAAUUAGCCCUGAGUAUUGGAGGUGAUAAAACUCUUAAAACAUGGAACCUAAUCAAAGGUCGUCCUGCUUUCACUAUCAAUCUUGCUAGUAAGGGUAUAGCCAUGCCGACUGAAAUAAAAUUCGCACCAGGAGGUGACAGAUUUUCACUUGUAUAUCAACAGUGUGUUGAUGUAUGGACCAUAAGCAAAGCAGGUGUAGAAAAACAUAUAACAUGUAAUUCAAAACCUACUACAGUGCAGUGGAUAACUGAUGAAAGAUUGUAUGUCGGCUUAGAAAAUGGCAAUAUUAUUACGCUAACAGUUAGUGAUACAACAGCAAUGACUUACCAAGCCCAUCAACAAAGAGUUAAGUGUUUAUAUUAUGAGAAAAAUAAAUUGUAUUCAGCAUCUAGUUCAGGUGAAUUGAAGGUCUGGAUGGUUUCAGACUCAAAGUUAAAAGAGAUCUGUUCAAGUAGUGCUGGUUGUAGAAUUACCUGUGUAGCAUUAAACAAACAAAGUUAUCUUCUCAAAAUGGAAGCCGAGUCUGUGGGUAAAGAAGAACAAGAAACUAUUGAAAGUGAAAUAGAAUCUGAUAACGAAAAAAGGUCACUGGAAACUAAGAAACGAAAACCAGGAGCAUUUGUUACAAUAGCUUAUGAUGGUGAAAGUGAAGAUGACAAAGAGAAAGAUUUAUUGCCUGCUAAAAAAUUUAAGAAAAGAAAAAGAAAUAAGAAGCCUAAUAUGAAAAAACAUAAUAAAUAGGUUUCCAAUCAACAAUGUUAUUUUUUUCCUUAUGUUGAACAAUUAAAGAAGUAGGGACUUACUAAUUAUUAAUAAGUUUUAUAAAUAUAUUGUA